GAGGUGAGCGGCAGUGUUGGGCCAUUCCGUCUCUCUGCUGUGUUGUAGCGCGCACGCCUGUAACUGGCUGGUCGUUCGCCAACCCAGCGUGGGUAGGCUUCACUAGAGCUGUUCACUUGGUGUUUUAAAGUGUCGUUGCCGCCGCCCGUGCCGUUUUGCAGCAGGUGUCGGGUGCCCCUCGACCUGAGAGCCAAACAGCCGCUUCACACUCACACACACUUUCCCCAUGUACGAAGAUGCUGACAAGUGGCACAAUUACAACAAAAAGCGAAAGACUUGACAAUUAGCGACGUUUUGUUGUGUUUGUCCGCGCCCCAAGUUAUCUCCAGCGUCAUGAUGCAGACGAUUCCCGCCACGCCCGUCGCGCAGCCCCACGCCUGCAGCGCCCCUGUGUCCUGCUCCACCGACAGCAACAGUCCCUGCCCCUGGACCGCCAGCACGUGGGACUACGACUACGAUGAGCUGUUGAAGGCCUGGACAGCCGGCAGCCGAGGUGGUCCUGGUCGGGUGAGCUGCAGCAGUAUUGAGAGCAACAGCAGCUUCGAGGACUACGUCGUCGGGGAUGUGGACGACAACAACAACAACGAGAGCGAUCACUUCACCGCUAACAACAACCACAAGAACGCAAGCAAUGUGGCACACGUGAGCAGUGUCACCAACACCAACACCACCACCACCACGCCUACAGCAGGCAACGGGGACACCAACAACAACACCACCACCGUCACUCCCACCGCCGAGGAGGAGGACCUGACCAACAACAAUAAACCCAACAAGCCUGAGAAGGAUACACAGAAGGAGGAAAUUCGCAGCAAGAACUCCUCCCCCGGCAGGACGCGACUGCUGGACGAGGACGGCUUCAUCAGGAGAGCCGCCUGUGUGUGUGUGGACGAGACUGAGUCCAAGGUGCUGUUGGUGUCGAGCAAGAAGGAUCCCUGCUCAUGGCUGGUGCCCGGCGGAGGCGUGGAGGACGGAGAGGAGACGCCCAUCGCAGCCAUGAGAGAGGCAUGGGAGGAGGCGGGCGUACAGGGCCACAUCACGCGAUACCUGGGACUGUUUGAGACGCAGCAGCAAGGGGGACGCAAGAGGCACAGGACCGCCGUGUUCGUGGUGCUGGUGAAGGAGGUUCUGGCGCAGUACCCAGAAGCACACCUGGGUCGUCGCCGUGAAUGGUUCUCCCUUGAAGACGGUCUGGCUCACCUGACGCGGAACCGCCCCCUACAGAGCGCCUACCUCAAGCAACUCAAGCUCACCUGACCCCCGUGCAGCCCUGACGGUGCACGCGGGGGAGAGCGAGAGGUGGGAGAGGCAGGGAGUGAAGGAGGGUUGAGGGAGGAGUGUGCGUGUAGCGAAGCACGACCUGAGGAUGGCUUAAGAACAACCUGCUCCUCUCAGUCACUUGAGGGUUGUCAGCUGGUGGAGAGAUAAGAGGCAUGACCUUUCGCUUGUUGAGAAAGUCUCCUCUUCCUCCUCCUCCUCCUCCUCCUCCUCAUUCUCCUACUUCUGCUUAUUCUCCUAAUCUUGCUCCUCGUCCACAUCGUUACCAUUGAUUCACUCUCUUCUUCCUUUCCUCCUCCUCCUCCUCCUCCUCCUCCUCCUCCUCCUCCUCCAUUUUCCUGAGGGUCCAGCGUGGUGGAGGAUGGCGCUGGUGCUAGUGGUGCUGGUGGUGAUAGUGGUGGUGCUGGCGUCUCCCUCUUGGCAGCUAUAGCAAGGGAGGAUGAAAAUGAUGACGCCCACGUCUUCCAAGAGAAUAUAGAACAGUUUACCAGUGAGUUGCAAAAAAGGAAGAAAACAGAAAAAGACUGACUUCGAGAAAAGUUGUUAAAAGGACGAACUUGACGAAAAAAGAGAUAAACUGUGAUUUCUCCAGGGAAAGAUUUCGCUGAUGGAAACAUGACACAAGCUCUGAAGUGCACGUCAGAGCAACGCCCGGACUCUGUGAGGCGGAAAGCUUGGGUGUGACGCACGAGAACUGUUAUGCAUCCUUGAGUGAGCCAGGCGGGGCGAGGCGGCGGCCGGGGACUGACUGCUGACCACGCACACCCGCCCUCACCCCACACAUCCCACACCCACACUCCACACAUCAAUGCUGACUAGGAUUAGAGUAUUGUUAACCAUGUAUCUUUAGACCAGGACAGAUCCUACUCACAGGGACCAAGCAGACGCCCCUGUAUGCUUCCUAAACUGUGUUCACUCCGGGUCGGGUUUCUGACUCCGUAUAAAUACCUUGUGUGCCUUAUUAGUAUAGCGCGUCCUUGCCUCCAGUGCCGCGAGGAUCUGUGGCCUGUGGCGUGUCCCUGAUGAGUAGGAUUCGCCUGAGAGCCUCAGGAGGUGUGCAGGAUGCUGGGCUGCUAUUGCUUGGUGUCCUGCGCCGCGCCCCGGCUCAUAGUACAAAUGACACGAGGAACACACAAAUUCCGUGAGAGGCAGCGGCUCGUGUGUCGCUCACUGGUCCUUCGCCACUCGCCUCUCCUCGGCCCUGACUCCACCUCACGCCCCGCAACCCGUCAGAACGGUGUCCUGAAGCUGGGGACAUGAGGACGCAUGGCGAUCGAAAACUCAAACAGCUGCAUUCCUCCAGGAGCCGCUGUGUGUCAGGGCGCCCUGGAGAAGUGGGAUGAAGACCGCGGAGGACAGACGCGCUGUUACACCUUAGGAAUCUUUUUUUAGAUGCCAGGAUACACAUUCUAUGUAACGGUCGCUAAACACACACUAGUGACUAGAGGGUAGCCAUCCCGCGACUCACGUUUCUAUACACAUACGAGUAGGUAUAUAUUUUUUGUACUGGAUGUUCCUUUUCCUUUUAUAGUUUAACAAAUAUUAAAAUCUAUAAAAAAGAUAUACCUAGUUAUUUGUCUAUCUAUAUACGUAAUGUUACUCCAGUAGAAAGCGAAGAUUGAUGGAAGAAAUGUGUCCUGUGUGUGUGUGUUUGUGCGUGUCAUGUGUCUGUCUGAUGUUCUUACCACCGUCUCCCCUCAUCCACCCACCUACCUGGCUUGAAACAAUAGCAUCAGCAACAACAACAACAACAACAACAACAACAACAACAAUAAUAAUAAUAAUAAUAAUAAUAACAACAACAACAACAACAACAACAAGCACACCACGCAUCUAUCCCCUUAUCCCGUCAUCCACAUCUCCAUCACCUACCCUCUCUCCACCACAUUCUUAUUCUCAUCUAUCUCUACUCUCUCCCCUAUCCACAUUACCCACUCCCAUCUUUCUCCUCUAUCUCUUCCUUCACCCACCCUCUUCUCUUCCUCCUCCCAUUCACUCUACCCGUAGGUAUGAGAUCACUGCCUUAAAAAAAGAGAAAAGAGAAAAAAAAAGAGAAAUAACAAUCACAUGAACUAUCUAGCAAUAUUUAGGUGGUGUGUGUGUGUGUGUGUGUGUGUGUGUGUGUGUGUGUGUGUGUGUGUGUGUGUGUGUGUGUGUGUGUAUUACUAUUAAUUCGCCGCUAGGAAACACAAUCAACACUUCCACUGAUGGUUGGAGGGAUGCAUGUUAAUUAUUAUUACUGUCGAGAGAGAGAGAGAGAGAGAGAGAGAGAGAGAGAGAGAGAGAGAGUAUUGAUGUAAGAAGGUAUUAGAUACAGUACUUACGGAUGCCAAAUAUUUGUAUACUUUUGUACGUGUGACAGAUUCCGUGAAAAAAACAUGAAAAGAAAAAUAUUUGUUACUUCAUUAUUAACUUGAUUAGUCGUGAAAAUACAACUUGUCCUGUGUGUGUGUGUGUGUGUGUGUGUGAGAGAGAGAGAGAGAGAGAGAGAGAGAGAGAGAGAGAGAGAGAGAGAGAGAGAGAGAGAGAGAGAGAGAGAGAGAGAGUGAGUUAACACCACGCCAAGUAUGUUUGAUUACUCACUAUUUUAUAAUAAAGGAAUCCAUUUUG